GGGACGAACACCAACUGAAAUACAUAGAUUUAAAAAAAAAAAAAACACCUGCAAAAGAAAAUGAACCCAAAUAUCUGCUUUUGCUGCUUUUCUUUGGUUUUGCUGUUAAACUUUGUAAGAGCCAAACCUGUUUCUGACUUACAGACUCUGAAGCAGCUUUUAGAAGAGGAGCUCAACAACGCACCGUUGUACUCCUCAGACGAGGAGCUGGAGGCUGAGGUGAAGGAUGCAAACACGGAUAAGUCUCUGUUCGGGGUCCCAGAGGAGCACCCCUGGGACUCCUCGGACCCCAGAAACUCCGCGCUGCAGGCGGCCAAAGACAACGUCCUGGCGCGUCUCUUCAAGGACCUGAUGCGGACCUCCAAGCGCUCCUGGAGCCGGUACAAGAAGGGCGGGCUGAGGAGCUGCUUCGGGGUCCGGUUAGAGAGGAUCGGCUCCUUCAGCGGGCUGGGAUGCUGAAGACUCGGGUGGAUGAGGGAUCUCCUGCAGCCUCUGACACUUUAAAGGGCGGAUCUUCUUCUUGUCCUCCACACGGUUCAGAUUCAGGACUGUGACUUUAUUAUUAUUUUCCACAUGUGAGCUGCUAAAUAUGAAUAAAUUAUUGUCGAUGUAGAUAUUAUUUAUUUAUUUUGUCUUUUUGUUGGAUGUGUUGCCUUGUUUUAGAUUGUAAUGCAGUAAAAAAAAAUGUUUCCUAA